AACAAAGACAGCCGGUUGCUAACUUCUGGUUGCUAGGUGUGGCUCCGUUCAUAUCCUAUAAAAUCAGGAGUCCAACACUCCACUUCCAGAUUGAAAUCUUCACAGGAGAGCCUCUCAGUAGCUCCUUGGAAGAAAGGAAAAGAAAAGGACACUUCUUUAAAAAUGGCAAUGGUAACAGAAUUCCUCAAGCAGGCCUGGUUUAUUGACAAUCAAGAACAGGAAUACAUUGAUACUGUGAAAUCAUCCAAAGCUGGCCCUGGGUCAGCAGUGAACUACUACCCCGGCUUCAAUCCAUCCUCAGAUGUUGCUGCCUUGCACAAAGCCAUAACAGUCAAAGGUGUGGAUGAAGCCACCAUCAUUGACAUUUUAACCAAGAGAACCAAUGCUCAGCGCCAGCAAAUCAAGGCCGCGUACUUCCAGGAGCAUGGAAAGCCCCUGGAUGAAAUUCUGAAGAAAGCCCUUUUAGGUCACCUGGAGGAGGUUGUUUUAGCUCUGCUAAAAACUCCAGCCCAGUUUGAUGCAGAUGAACUACGUGCUGCCAUGAAGGGACUUGGAACUGAUGAAGAUACUCUGAUUGAAAUUCUGGUAUCAAGAACAAACAAAGAAAUCAGAGAAAUUAACAGGGUCUACAGAGAGGAGCUGAAAAGAGAUCUGGCCAAAGAUAUCACUUCAGAUACAUCUGGAGACUUCCAGAAGGCUUUACUUUCUCUUGCCAAGGGUGACCGUUGUGAGGAUUUCCUUGUGAAUCACGAUUUGGCUGAUACAGAUGCCAGGGCUUUAUAUGAAGCAGGAGAAAGGAGAAAGGGGACAGAUGUAAACGUGUUCUGCACAAUCCUGACCACUAGAAGCUAUACCCAUCUUCGCAGAGUGUUUCAGAAUUAUAAAAAGUACAGUCAGCAUGAUAUGAACAAAGUUCUGGACCUGGAGCUGAAGGGUGACAUUGAGAAUUGCCUCACAGCCAUUGUGAAGUGUGCCACCAGCACCCCAGCUUUCUUUGCCGAGAAACUUCAUCAGGCCAUGAAGGGAGCUGGAACUCGCCAUAAGGCAUUGAUCAGGAUUAUGGUCUCCCGUUCUGAAAUUGACAUGAAUGAAAUCAAAGUAUUUUACCAGAAGAAGUAUGGUAUCUCUCUUUGCCAAGCCAUUCUGGAUGAAACUAAGGGAGACUAUGAAAAAAUCCUGGUGGCUCUUUGUGGUGGAAACUAAACUUUGAAGCAGUAUGAUCAGAACACCUGUUAGCUGUAGCUUUUUAUUCUAUCGCAUAGGCUUAAACAGGAGAUUCCUUCAGCUGUGAAGUCUGCUUACCUACUUUCUGAAAACUGUAGGCCAUCAAUCAUAUUUACAUCACAUCUGUAUAAUAGAGAUAAACUUGUUUUGUUAAUUACGUUUACCCCAAACUAUAAGUCCCUGUAAACAGAGCUGGGUGUGGUGUUGCACACCUUUAAUCCCAACAUUCCAGGGGGUAGUCUGGUCUACAAAAGGAGCUCCAGCCCACCCCCCACCCAGAAAUCCUGUGAACAAGUUGUUUUGGUAACUUUCCUGAGAAAAAUGUUUAUAGCUGAAAAUAAAACCAUUUUGUAAAACAAUUUGUGUGUUAUUAUGCUACUGACUUUUCUAGUCUGAGUUUCUCUUUUUGUGUCUAAUCCAAUGGUUUAAUUUGAUAUCAAGGAAUGGCUCCUGAAUCCAAGAUUAUAAAUAUUUAAUGAAAUAAACAAAUAAACUUAAAAUGGUGAUUUCAGUAAACUAUUUCUGAAACUUGAAAA